UUUUGUGUUGUUCGCGUAUACGAUAUAGAGGCCCGGUUUUAUUAUUGCGUAUGUUGGUAACUCGGAAAUAGUGUUCCACUUCCAGUAAAAUUAUUUUAAUGGACGUGAGAGAGCGAGCGUAAACUGAUUAGGAUAAGCGAACUGACAGGUUGUCUGUUGCAUUAAAAAUUCUUUCAACAACGUACAACGAAAAUGAGUGAACUCGUGUGGGGAAUAAAGAACGGAGAUCUGGAGCAAGUGCGGGAUAUCGUAGAGAAGAAGAAUAUUGAUGUUAACCAAAUGAUAGAUGGAAGGACGCCGCUGCAUUAUGCAGCUGAUUAUGGCCAAAGUGAAGUAGUUAGAUAUCUUCUAGAAAAGGGUGCAAAUCCGAAUGCUACAGAUAAACAUGAGAUAACAACGUUGUUAGCAGCAAUUUGGGAAGGACAUACAAACUGUGUAAAAUUAUUAUUAGAGAAGGGAGCUAAACCAAAUGGAUUAACGCCAGAUGGAAUGAGUUAUUUGGAUGCUGCUGAGAAAGAUGAGAUCAAACAAUUGCUGAAACUUCACUAGCACAAAGCCAAACGAAUCAUGAAGCAAUAAUUUUGUUAUUUUAGUAAUUUUAAUGUUCCUCAUAGGAGUAUCACCAUUGCUUUAUUCUUUGUUUCUUGCAUAUGACUACACUAUCAUAUUUAUGCACUUUCAAUUUAAAAGAAAAAAAGCAAAAAAAAGAUAGGUACACAAGAAUGUAGUUUUGUAAUAAUAUAUUGCACAUCUGGAGCAUAUAAUCAUGAACUCAUAUUCUUAUAUGGUUACUAUCUUAGGAACGUGAAAUACAUACAAUUUCUCAGCUUUCAAAUAGUAUAUCAUACAGAUUGUUUCGCGAGAAAAAGUACUAAUGGAACAAAUUUAUUUUUAAAGCAUGUAACAUUAUAUAGCGAAAGAUAUUUUGAUACAUUUUUAAGAAGCAGCAUCGCGUUUUAAGCAUUUGUUAUUAAUUUAUAGAUGUUACAAAUUUCUUUUAUACGUUCUUUUUUAUACUCCCCUACUGAAACCUAUAAUUUGCUUCGACCCCAUAGUUUUGUGACAUAGGACUUGCGGUAAUAUAUGUCGAGAAUACUCCGUUCAAGAUAUACUAUAUAUUUUAAUCGAGUUUUAAAAAAGCCACGUGUAAAUUAUAGGAAGAAAAUGAAAGAGCUAUCUUUAUGGUACUAAUUAACUAGAAUAUCUUCAAAGUUUUAAAGGUGUACAAUAAUCAAAAAUAAUAAGCCCAUGCAUCAUUGUUAAGUA